UUGUUUUUCUUUGGGUGAACCGCAAAGGCAUAGAAUCAAACUGCUUCUUUUGGACAUACUGUCUUUUCUUUCUGUCUUCUCUUUCUUGUGGAUAUUAUGGCAAAUAACACAACAAGUUUAGGGAGUCCAUGGCCAGAAAACUUUUGGGAGGACCUUAUAAUAUCCUUCACGGUAUCCAUGGCAAUUGGGCUGGUAAUUGGAGGAUUUAUUUGGGCGCUGUUCGUUUGUCUGUCUAGAAGAAGAGCCAGUGCUCCCAUCUCCCAAUGGAGUUCCAGUAGGCGAUCGAGGUCUUCCUACUCCCAUGGCCUCAACAGAACUGGCUUUUACCGUCACAGUGGCUGUGAACGUCGGAGCAACCUCAGCCUGGCCAGUCUGACCUUCCAGCGACAAGCGUCCCUGGAACUGGCAAAUUCCUUCCCGAGAAAGUCAAGCUUCAGGGCUUCCACUUUCCACCCUUUUCUGCAAUGUCCACCCCUUCCCGUGGAGACAGAGAGUCAAUUGAUGACUCUGUCCACCUGCAGCGCUGGUUCCCCCAUCACCAACGCGCACAGCCUGAGCCGGCCCGACCUGCGCUGGUCCAGCCACAGCCUCCGGGCUGGCCUGGCCACCCCACCGCCACCGGCCUAUGAGUCCAUCAUCAAGGCGUUUCCGGACUCCUGAGGAGGGUGCUUCCGUUCUUACAUUUUUUCGUGAUCUAUCUUUGUCUUUUAUGGAAAGGAAUUUUAAGGGAAUGGCCCAAUGUGCUCUUGCCAAUUGGACAUUACUACGGAAGACACAUUUUUUUGGGGACACAGUUAUUUGCAGUUAUGCCUCACAAAUAGUCUUCUCUCAAAUAGUUUCGUGUGUAUGUAUUUCAAGUUCAAUAUGAGGCUUAUUAAAGACAGUGAUUCCAACCUAGGGAUCUGCUAUGAUGCAGUCUAUGUGUUUUAGAUUAAAAUAAAAACGUUAGACAUUGGUGGUUUACAAUCCUCGUUCACUUUGCAAUGUGAUUGUAAAGAGGAAAAAAUCACUGUGUCACUUUUCAGAAAAUUCUUCUAGGAAUUUUAAUUUUACUUUCUUUAGAAAUGACAUGUGGAUCAUAUCGGUAUUCUACCAUCUUGGAUUUUUUUUAAUGGAUCCAUAUGGGCACAUAAAGCCCCUUCAUUCAUUCAUUGUAAAAAGUGUGAGAGCUGGGCAUGGUAAAUUACACCUGUAAUCCUUACUACCCAGGAGGUGGAAAUCAGGA